UUAUCAUUCUGUGUUUUUCAGUGCUAAGUGAAGUGUUUAAAAAUAAAAUAAAGUGAAAAUGUCUGGUCGUGGUAAAGGUGGCAAAGUUAAGGGAAAGGCAAAGUCCCGUUCCAAUCGUGCUGGUCUUCAAUUCCCCGUCGGUCGUAUUCAUCGUUUGGCCAUCCGUAAUGACGAAGAAUUGAACAAAUUGUUGUCUGGUGUUACUAUCGCCCAAGGUGGUGUAUUGCCAAACAUCCAAGCUGUUCUCUUGCCCAAGAAGACCGAAAAGAAAGCCUAAAUUAUUGCGAAAGGUAUUAUGGAGUGAA